UCUAAGACUAUCGCCUGCUUGUGCCGUGGCAGCAUUCCUCGCGGUUCACAGUUGCAUGUCGAAACGAGGCUAGGGAAUUCAGAUCCAGUUGACAAUGAAAUGAAAACAUAUCUAGGAUAUCAACUGAUUUUGACAGAGCACUUUAAGAAAUAAUGGUAGGAUUCUUGGUGACCAAUGUCCGAGCAGAGCAAUAAGUAGGUUAACUUUCAUAUCUUAGUACAGCACAACACACCAAAGAAAUAUGAGUCGCACUUGUUUACUUCUUCGUGGUACAAAUUACAGAAAUAGAAGCACAGUCUCCAGCCUACUUUGAGAUUAAGAUAACCUAUUGGACUGUAGACCUUACAGUCUUUUUGACUUUUUUUCUGUCUCAAAUGACUGAAGAUCGUCUAUUGGCGAGUUAGCCUGUUGUCGCGACUGGAUGAGCUCCGCGUAAUUUGGAGACGCCACGAGAAGGAUGAGAUUCAACGAGGAGCAGCUCGCCUUCCUGUCGAGAGGACCUCCCGGGAGCUUUGACAAAGAGGGCCGGCUCUGGGUGAAUCGAAUACCUCCAGGCAAUUCGGGGAAUCCUCAAGACGGUAAAGAGAGAUGGUGUCGGCUAAAAGGAAAUCUGCUGUUUUUGAUGAAAAAGCCUAUUCAGAGGUCUGAGCCCGCUGAGGUCGUCAUCCUGGAACGAUGUGAUGUGGUGGCCAACAACGAUGAGGACAAUGCUGCUCUAGUCAUCAAGUUUGAGAGCGGAGAGUGCGAUCUUUAUCUGCGAGCCCUCACCCCCUGCGACUGCGCGUCCUGGAUCGCAGCGCUCCGAGAGGCCGACUCCGAAGGUCUGCGAAGCCGAAUCCAACACCUCCGCAGGCUCAUCAUGGACAUUACCGAGAGUGUGGAGGCACACAGCCCGGAGAGAGAGGGAGCUGGAGCAGCAGGUCCGGUGUUAGUUCCCAAGCUGCCGAAGGUGGAGUUCGGCCUCGCAUGCAGGGAGCUCGGCGACCCGGCACAAGAGAGGAAGCCCAACUCCGCGGUGCAGAUCUCUAUCGUAAACACGCAGGAACACAGCCUCGCCGCAUACUCCUGCACUGAAAUAGUCGAGGGAACCAGAGACCCGCUCUUCCUGACCGGCGUGACUUUCCCCCAGGACUACCCCAUCGGCGAAGACACGCGGGUCAAGCUCACCGUCUACGAUGUGAAAGACAAGUCCCAAGAAACUAGAAGCUUUCUGGGCUACACAACCUUUUCCAUUGGGGACUUGUUGAAAUCAAAGGAACAACAGUUAACCCUUAGCCUGAGAACAUCAGAUGGUGCGGACACAGUGGGGGCAGUAGUGGUCAGCCGUCUGAAGAUGGGGGAGAUUGAGGACGGGGAAGUGGACCACAUCACCGCAGAUGCGGGGGGACAGAAGAUGCCUAAGGUUUACAACAAGAAAAGAGAGAAGCAGUGCACUCUGGUGUGUGAAUCAUUACACGGCACCUCCAAUGACAAAGACGGCAGUCCCCUGAUGAAUGCUGUGUUCAAGAAUCCGGUGUGUAAAGUUUACAGAUUUCAGACUGUGGACUGCAAAUGGAUGCUGGUGCGAGAGCAGAUGGCGGAGUGUACUCUGUCCUUUAACAUCCCCAAGCAACUCAUUACACUUUACAUACAGGAGGACAUGCAAAGGAUACAGGAACUGAAGGACCUGGGGGAGCUCUCCCCCCAUUGGGACAAUCUGCGGAAGGAGGUGAUCGCUCACUAUGGUCAGGUGAUCAGCAGUUACCAAGAGACCCUCACUGAGCUUAACAAACUGACAGGGUCAUCUUUCAAGCCGAGCUGCAGUAAAUCAGAGAAAUAUUUAGAAUUCAUCCCCAUCAAUCUUCACACUCAAAGAAUGCAAGUUACCUGCCCCAAAAAAACAGACGCAUGCUACGAUGUGGUGACUGUCGGAGCCCCCGCGGCCCAUUACCAGGGCUUUAAGAACGGAGGCCUUCAGAGACUGCUGAGCCGGUUCGAGGCAGAGAAAAAGACUUUCAGCACGGCGUACCAGUGCAUCUACUACUCCCCAGAACACACGGCCAAAGCCCGGGAGGUCCUGAGCAGCAUCGGCCAGCUGCAGCCGCUCAUCUCCACCCUGGCCGAUCAGCUGAUGCAGGCUGCCCAGCAGCGCUCCCCGGACCUCCUGAAGGGGGCGCUCAAGACCCUGUCUGACAAGACGGAACAGUUUGUGCACGCCCUCAAAGACGAGCUGGUGAAGAACGCCCUCCUGGCCCUCCACAUGGCCCGGCCAGGCUAUGUCACCGACAGCCAGCCCGGCGUCUGCAACAACGUGCAGAAGAAAGAGGCCAGGCCCACCGAGGAUGGCCCCGUCCCUCUGACACGCCAGGACUCCAUCCCGCAUCACUCGGAGUACGACGAGGAGGAGUGGGACAGGGUGUGGGCGAACGUGGCGAAGAGCCUGAACUGCAUCAUCGCCAUGGUGGACCGACUGCAGGAGCACGACAACAACAACCAAGAGCCAGCCUCGGACCAGACUCUCGCUGAUGUCAUCACCUCACACAGCCCCGGUGAUUGGCAGGAGCAGAUCUACCCCCUAGUGGUGACGCUGAAGGACUGCGUGACGGAAGUUGUGGAUCGCGCUACAAAGUCGAUGACGUUUGUCCUCUUGCAAGAGGCAGCGUGUAGCAUCCCCCAGGGUCUGUUUCUGAAGCAGAGGAGAGACAUCGUCUUCAGUCAGGCACUCGCGGCCCUGGUCUGCGGGUUUGUCAUGAGGCUUUACGCGGGCGUGGAGGACAAGGGCUUCCUGCAGCAGCUGCAUCUUGUCGGACUAAUAGCCCAGUUUGAAAGUCUACUCAGCACAUACAGUGAAGAGAUUGGCAUGUUAGAAGAUAUGGAAGUUGGGAUCUCAGACUUACAAAGAGUGACAUUUAAGAUCACGGAGGCCAAGUCUGACGACCCUGGAGAUCUUCAGCCGAUUGUCAGCGGCCGACGGGAGUAUUACAGGGUUGCGGUGCCAUUACCGCACGCGGUGUUUGAGGCAUUACCAGAGGAGAUCAAAGAAGGCAAGCCAUUACAGGUGUACCCUGUGCUCUUUAAUGUGGGGAUAAACCAGCAGCAGACUUUGGCAGAGAGGUUCGGUGACAUUUCCUCUCAGGAAAGGAUAAACCAGAAAAACUUUGAAACGUUAGAAGGCUAUUACAAGUCCUUAAGUGAUAAAAUCCCGCUGCAAUAUUUACCUUGUUUCCAAACUCAAACCGACUUGAAAGAAUUACUUGAAACUCUUGGACAGAAUAUUAUGACCAAGAAACGAAAGAAUGUGGAGAUACUGUGGCUAGCUGGAACGGUCUGUCGAAGGCUGAACGGUAUCCGAUUCACCAGCUGUAAGAGUGCCAAAGACAGGACGUCCAUGUCUGUAACGCUGGAGCAGUGCGCUCUUCUGCGGGACGAGCACGAGCUCAACAAGGACUACUUCGUCCGAGCCCUGGACUGCAUGCGCAGAGAAGGAUGCCGGAUUGAGAACGUGCAAAAGAAUAUUAAAUGCAGGAAAUAUGCCUUCAACAUGCUGCAGUUGAUGGCUUUUCCCAAGUUCUACAGACCUCCGGAGGGAACCUAUGGGAAGGUCGAUUCAUGAAAAACCAAAAAGAUUCCAAAGGAAGAAACAUGCAUUUUUCCCACCAAGCAAAAGCAAGAGCCAUUGCUGUGAACAUCCAAUAUGCUGACAUGUCUCCUGGAUAAAGUUUAUACUGUAAUACACAGCAAACUCAGUUUGUUCUUUGGAUUCAACCUUCUCACUGAGUCCCAAAAAUUCCAGUGGCUUGAUGUUUUUAGCUAUGUGUUGAAUUUGUUGGUUGACUUUCCUGGACACCAGGUGUACAAACAAGGUGUCACAAUAUAGUUAUUAAAAAGGUAAGUAACUGGAGCAUUAAUGUUUGACGUCGAUAUUACAACAGCAUACAACUCUGAGCGUAGUAAAUGAAAUGAAAGCGCAUGUUUUUCUCUGAACACACUGAGGGACUCACUGUGUAAGCUGUGCACUUCUGAGUCUGGGGGACAUGCACUAAAGAUGUUCAUUUCCACCUGAUAGUGACUUUCACACUCAUUGCAGGUGAGUAACCUGAACACAAUUAGAAGCUAAUUGUGCACCACCACCUGUACACAUUCGAUGUACAUAUGAAUGUCAACAAUAACUGCGUAAGUGUCAGCGUUAAGAAAUGGAAAAAAAGACUCUUAUAGAAAAUUUGCUAUCUUUGAAAACUGUGUUGAAAACGUCCAAGUGUAAAACUUUACCUCUCAGUCAACCUCUCAGGCCAAAACCCUAUAUACUGUAUAUAUGUGUGUACCUUUUAUGCUUAAAGCAUUGCAGCUUAUGGCACUCUAGUUCCUCCUCAACUCUCAGCGAAAAAUGAAUCCUUUAAUCAGCAGAGUGUGUGAUCUGAAACAGGAAACUGUCACAGACAGCCACAUCUGUUGUGCUCAGUAGGGAAAGCACAGCUUAGCUAGAUGCUGAUAAGGUGUUUUACUGAGGCAGAAACAUCUUAGUAGUAAUUAAGUCUGUCCCACAGGAACAGUUAAAGGGAGGAAUGUGGAAGAACAUAGAUGCUUCAAAUUAAACUUAAUUUUGCAAUUUUUGAAUGGUGCAGUGCUGGUUGCUUGCCUGAUUAAUGUAUUUUUGUACUCAAUAUAAAGUAUACAAGUAUACAUUACAGAAGUUAAGCAAAAAAAAAAAAAAAACACUGACAUUUUUGCAUGUGUGUUCUUUAAGUUAAUAUUCUGUUUCCCGCUGAUGUUUGACUUAAUUGUAAUUUCCAUCAGAAUUUAUACUACUCAAAAACAGAUCCUUCAGGCUUAGAUCCACCUAAAAAGACUCCCUCUAUCGCAGUAAAACUUGUAUUAUAGUAAAUAUAUGUAACUUUUCCUUGGGUCCAGAUAGCUUCCCAAACAAGUGAGCUGUGAUUUUGAAUGUUUUUUAGUUUUUCGUUUUUUUGCAUGUUUUGUGAUUGUUUCUACUACAUUUGUAUGAGCACUUUUCUUUUUACACAUUUUUACCAUCAACAAAAGUGUACUGUACAUUUUUUUGAUAUAUUUUCACAACCAUUACUGAUCAGAAAGGUUCCAAAUAUAUAUACUGUCCUAAGCAUGACUGAAAUGAUGCAUAAUGAACAUUUUCUAUAUAUAUAUAUAUAAAUGAUACUGGAAAAAUAUAUUUUACUGGAUCCAAAUAUCUCUGAAUGUUUUUGUUUUUUUUCGAACCAGCUUUGAAUAAAAUUAGGAAUCAAUAUUGUAACAUCAUAUACUCACGCCAAGAGAAACAUUUGAUAACGGAUGCACUUUUUCAGAGGGACUUAAGAAGUGUUUUAAGAAUGCUUUAUUUAAAAUAUGACUUGUGGGUGCGGAUCCAGUGUACAAAGAUCCACCUUCUACCGGUGACCGGCCUGGAAGAUAAUUGAUUUUGCCAUAAUCAAGAUGACCUCUCUUCAUUAAAUGAUAAAGGCAAGGUGGCUGCUCCUUCUCAUACAGGUCUGGGAGAGAAACCGUUCCCUCGGUCCUGUCCCUCAGCUGCAUGUCCUACACAGCCGGAAAACAUCGCAAAUGCCAUUUAUUAAACCUGGGUGUGCACCUGGCUGUGGAAUGGCAGCUGGAGUGUCUGUCCCUGUGUAUCCACUCCUUCACGCAUUUGUUAGCUGCCAUUUCCUCUUUGGAAUCUCCUGAAGUUUGAUUUCCACUCCUACCCUGUUUUUGUCUUCGUAUUUUUCUUCGUUUCUGAAACACAAUUGUACCCGUAAUCCAAUCCCAAACGUAGAGCAGCCUGAAAGGCAUGCUAAGCAUUCAGACGCUCCCGAUACACUGAAUAAAAAGUCAAUAUUCUAAUAACUCCGAAACAAAGACAUCUGAAGUGAAAUAGGAAAAACAUUUCGGAGAAGAAGCUGAACCUCGCAGGUGUGAUUCUUCUGAGUCAUAAACAUAGGAAACUAUAAGGCAGGGGUCUCCAAUCUUAUCCAGAAAGGGCCGGUGUGUGUGCAGGUUGUUGUUUUAGCACAGGACUAAGACAGCUGAUUCUACUCAUCUAGGUCUUGAUUAAAGACCACGAUUAGUUCAUUAGUAUAAUCAGGUGUGUUACUGCUGGGUUAAAACAAAAACCUGCACCCACGCCGGCCCUUUUAGGAUAAGAUUGGAGACCCCUGCUAUAAGGGAUACAGAUAAAAUCGCAUCUAUUGUUAGUGCUUUUAUCACUUCUUUUACAGCAACUUAUAUUUGAAUUGGAAUUGUCCCAUAAAUUAGUUUCAAUUGUAAUUGACCCUACCCCUGUAAGUUAUCGAAAGCAAUGCAGGCUUCCAGUGGUAUACGGAAUUGGAGUGACCUAGAAUGAGCCCUGAAGGAGAAUCCAGCACCUAAAUUAGAAAAAACACCACUGUUAUAUACAGUGUAUUUAUUUUUGUGAAAGGACAUACUCUUCUGUAAGAGAAUACAUACUGAAAUGUUUCAUGGUUACACAGUUAUGUCAUUAUGUGGUAACCAUAUGUCAUUAUCGUAAAACAGUUAAACAUUGUAUAAGAAAAAUAAAGAAAUGUUGUAGUGAUAA